GCCACGGCGGUAACACAAGCAGCGAAAGAACGCCAGGCCAUGAAAAAUCAUGAGGAAAAAUCAUCUACCAUUCAACGCGAGUUUGAUAGUAGUGAUGAUGAAAUAGACUUCUCGGUCAAACCCGAAUUUUAUGACUCUGAUAUUGAUGAGAAGGAUACAUUGUGGGUUGAGAAGACAAGGAAAGGUCGUGUCUCCGAUGCAGUACUCAGCUGUCCGGCCUGUUUCACCACUCUUUGCUUGGAUUGCCAGAGGCAUGAGAGAUAUUUGACCCAAUAUCGAGCCAUGUUUGUCCGCAAUUGCACUAUCAAAACCAAUCAGAUACUACACUCUCCUUCAGUCAGUAAAAGGAAGCAGGCUAAGGCUAAAGAGAAGAUCAAAGAUGGCAAGAAUUCAGGUGAACCUUCCGAAAAUGAUGAAGAGGAUGAAAUAUUUAGGCCGGUUUGUUGCUCUAUAUGCAAGACUGAGGUUGCUGUAAUGGACAAGGAUGAAGUCUAUCACUUCUUCAAUAUCUUGGCAAGCAAUCCCUGAACUUUAAAUCAUGCCUUUGUAUUAACGAAAUAUUUAGGGCAACGUAUAUUGUGAUCCAUAUGGCCAUGAAAAGUAGUGUUUUGAAACC